UUCUGUUUUGAGUUUUCUCAAGAUAUAUAUUUUUUUUUCUAAGAAAAAGUAAUCUUCUGUUGUUCCACAUCCAAAUGGUCCUUGCCACAAUGUUAUACAUGGGAGGCAGCUUAGCCUAACAGAAAAUGGCUGCUGCUAUUGGAGGUCUUUUUUUAUGGAGGCCACCUUCCAUCAUGUUUGAGUACUUUUCAAUGAAAACAUUUAAAAAGAAAAAAGGCUUUAAGUUGACUCUGAUGAAGGGCAGGCAAGGCCGGCAGUGCAUGCAACUUUAGAAACCCAUCCUUCCUUUCUUACACGAAGAAGUAGAAAGAUCAGUCAUGGCCUCCAAAACCACUGCCUUCCUUCUCUACAGGUAACAUAAUCUUUCAACAUCACAGAAAUCGCUCAGUGCCAUAGCUUAAGAGACAGCUAACCUCCCUUUUUUCUUCCUUCCAUUGCAGGAGAGUUUGGGGCCUCCAAUACUAAGAUGAAUCUUAAUCACUCUCCUAACAAGGUAUACUGUAAAGUGGUGAAUAUGUGGUUUUUCAUGUUUGGAAGCUAUUUACUUUUCUCUUUAACGACGUAUCUACUCCCUACUGUCAGAGACAUGAGAGAUCCAGAUAUCAUACAAGUAUAUAAUUUGAUGUCAACAGAUUCGUUAAGAACAGUUCUGAUGAGUUUGAUCUGUUUCAGGAAUCUGACCUGGAUGAGAAUUUCUGAGGAUGGAUUCCAAAUGGAGAUGAGGAAGCUUUUGAUUGUUUACAGACCAGAUUAUGAUGAUCCUGUAGAUAAUCACGAGCCCCAGAAACCAGGCACUGGAAAGACAUAGGACUUGAGAUUCCUGUGUUUCCCUUGGGC